AUGGGCAUGUAUAGAACUUGCCCGCCUAAUAAUGCUUCUAACUUCACGGAAGAGGAGAUACCUAAACCAAAUAUAGUAAUUGACCUUACCACCCACAUUAACUCCAGUGCCUCGGUUAUUACAGUAUGUAAUAAUCCAUUAAUUAAGGAUAGUCAAUAUAACACUUGUCGUGCACCUUGUACUUGGUCAGAAGGAAUGGAUUCAGUCCAAAGAACUAAAGAUGUCAUCGUUGGAAUAUUUUCAAUCGUAUCCAUAGUCAUUGGUAUAUUUGCAAUUUUAGUCCGAGCGACAGAUGCUAAAUCAUAUAAAAUUCCAAAUGUAAUCAUAAUGUAUGCCAUAUUAGCUAUGAUUGGAUUCGGUGUAACUUUGUUAUUACCAGUGGCUGUCGGUAAGGAAAGAUUCUUUUGCGAAUAUCCAUUUUAUAAACCAUUGUAUGGGAUCGAUAGCGGCUGGUGUACCAUACAAGGAGUAUUUGGUCAUUUCUUUUAUUUAGCAUUACAUCUAUAUUGGAUGUAUUACAUCAUGAACGGCUACUUGAUAAUAGCGGAUGAUAAACAAAUGGAGUAUAGGAGUCGACUACAUGCAGCUCAGUUUGCGUCUGGGAUCUUUAUUCCAUUUGGAUGUUUAUUUAUUUGCCUGCUACAUCCAAGCCUCUAUCAUACCCGUUCAACGCAUGCAAUAUUGUGUACACCAUUUAAUAAGGAUUUAUUUUAUUUUACAUACUUAUUGCCACAUCAACUUAGCCUGGGCUGCAGUGUUACAUUCACAAUGCUUAUCAUCCGGCUACUUUACCAGAAUCAGAAAAAUUAUGAUAUGUCCCCGGAAGUUGGUAGUAAUUCUAGAGCUAAUAGUCCGGCUAAAGAAGACAAAUCAAUCGCAAAUAAGCUGCCUAAACAUUUUAUGCCAUUCAUCUGCUAUUAUUUAGCUAUAAGCAUUAUGGGAAUGGUGGUAUUAACUAUGGAUCAAUCAAAUAGCGCCAAUUAUCAAUAUGGCCUAUUUCAAUAUUUUACGUGUCUAAAGACUUGCCAAAGUAAAUUAUGUACUAAAUUCCGUGAUAUAAGUGCCUCGAUGGAAGGGAUUUUGACUCUUGUAAAAAGUGUCUAUUACAGUUUAUUAGUGAGCUCGACCAUUUUAUUUAUCAUUCCUACUAAAGAAUUUAGCAAUUGUUACAUCAUAUUCAAACAUAGAAUCACAUGCCAAGAAAUAGAAACUGAAGAUGGCACAUUGGCUAACAGGGCGAAAGCUAAUAGUAGUAUCUCCAAUGUUGAUCAAAAUUGUAGCAAAAAUAGUCAGGCUGAGCCUCGAAAUUCAUCCACUCAAGUUCACAUAAAAGCAUCAGUUAUGAUCUAA